AGAGAGAGACAGACAGACAGACAGAGAGGGACAGAGAGAGAGAGUCACUGAGUGACAUAGGAAGACUGGAUGUUCUCUUUUCUAGCUCCUUGCAGGUCUUUAAGCUGUUUAUGAGUAGAAGAGUCUCCUGCUCAGGCUGGCAGUUGGACAUCGGCAGCGACAGGAACUGCUGCAAACCAGAGUGGACAGAGAAAGACAGAGACUCCAGCUACAGCCCAACAUAUCUGACUUAUUCGGAAUUACUUCUCCGCUAACUUCUGUUUGAUGCCGGUGAUCAAGGUGCCCGCCAGACUAAACAAGUACACCAGCUGUGUGUCUUGCUGAAGAUGUUUGAACCAGUGACUUCUUCCGAGAGAGGACAACUCCCAGCUUAAGCUGCCCCGUCCCCCCAUCUCCCUAACUCUCUAGAAGUGAGAAGAGGACAAAAACAAGAAAGGGGGAAGUGGAGGCCCGUGCCUCACACUCCUGCCCAGCUUACCACCUCCGCGGCAUGGAUGGAUUCACACACAACAAUCCCCUGCCCCACGGUCACGCUGACCUUAACAACCAGAGCAACAGCACUACCUCCAGUGACUCUCCCUACGAUCAGGGCAAUAGUACUGAUUUCUCAGACGUGACCUUCGGCUACCAGGUAGUCACCUCGGUGCUGCUGGGCUCCCUGAUCCUCUGCGCGGUGAUCGGCAAUGCCUGUGUGGUGGCCGCAAUUGUCUUGGAGCGCUCCCUGCAGAACGUGGCUAACUAUCUCAUCGGCUCGCUGGCCGUCACCGACCUGAUGGUUUCCGUGCUUGUUUUGCCCAUGGCUGCUCUCUACCAGGUCCUCAACAAGUGGACCCUGGGCCAGGUAACCUGCGACAUUUUUAUCUCUCUGGAUGUACUCUGCUGCACGUCGUCCAUCCUGCACCUGUGUGCCAUUGCUCUGGACAGGUAUUGGGCCAUCACUGACCCUAUUGACUAUGUAAAUAAGAGGACCCCCCGGAGAGCUGCUGUCCUUAUCAGCCUCACUUGGCUCAUAGGCUUUCUGAUCUCUAUCCCACCUAUGCUGGGCUGGCGGACCCCAGAAGACCGCUCUAACCCCGACGCCUGCACCAUCAGCAAAGACCAUGGCUAUACCAUUUACUCCACAUUUGGCGCCUUCUACAUCCCCCUGCUGCUGAUGCUCGUGCUGUACGGGCGGAUCUUCAAAGCUGCCCGGUUCCGGAUCCGCAAGACAGUCAAGAAGGCAGAGAAGUCCGGGAACAGCUGCUUCAGCACUUCCCCGGCUCCCCCACCCAAGAAGAGCAUCAAUGGGGAACCCAGGGGCAAGAACGGGAGGCGCGGGGCGGAGCCCAAUACUGUGGGGGCACCCUGCGUCAACGGGGCUGUGAGGCAGUGUGAGGAUCGCGCCGCCCUGGAGGUGAUUGAGAUCCACCACUACAGCAACUCCAAGGACCACCUAACUCUCCCCAGUGACGCUGGUGGAGUCCCCAGCACCACCUCCUUCGAGAAAAAGAACGAAAGGAAUGCAGAAGCCAAGAGAAAGAUGGCCUUGGCUCGGGAGAGGAAGACGGUCAAGACUUUGGGCAUCAUAAUGGGUACCUUUAUCCUCUGUUGGCUGCCAUUCUUCAUCGUGGCCCUGGUCCUACCCUUCUGCGAGAGCAGCUGCCACAUGCCCGACUCUCUAGGUGCGAUCAUCAACUGGCUAGGCUACUCCAACUCCCUGCUCAACCCUGUCAUCUAUGCCUACUUCAAUAAAGAUUUCCAAAGUGCUUUCAAGAAGAUUGUCAGGUGCAAAUUCUGCCGGCAGUGAUACCUUGUUGGCUGACUGCAGGCUGCUCAAUCGGACCCCUGCCCAAGCUCAACCUCACCUUCACCCCACUUCCUGAUAAGCCACUCACUUCUAAAUUCAGCUUGCAUCUUUUCUCCUAAACCUCCACAUCACCACUGCCUCUGCUUUCAGGGUUCCAAUCCUUUUUAGUCAAUGCAACCCAAUACUGGGGGCGGG